AGAAGCCAUGAUGAAUCUGUAUAUUGUAUAUUUCUUUGACAAAUGACUCAUACUCAAUAAACUAUGAUGAAGACUAGAAUUUCUAUACUUUAAUUGUAGUGACUAAGCCUAAGAGAAAAUAAGAAAAUAAAUAAAAUAAUGUCUUCCUUUGACAUUUGAACUUGCUGAACAAGUUAGAUGACGCCAUGGAUUAUUUUACUUCUAUAUAUAGACUUGGAGGUUAGUGUUGGCUAAGGCAAACACAAGCUAUUAUGGCAGAUUUGAAAGUCCAUGGAUUUUGGUUUAGUCCUUAUACUUGGAGGGUAAUAUGGACCCUGAAGCUAAAGGGUAUGCCAUAUGAGUACAUAGAGGAAGAUAACUCCAACAAGAGUCCUCAACUUCUUAAAUACAACCCAGUUCACAAGAAGGUUCCGGUGCUUGUUCAUGCCGGAAAACCCAUAUGUGAGUCCAUGAUCAUUGUUGAAUACAUUGAUGAGUUAUGGUCUCAGAAUUCACUGGUUCCUGCUGAUCCUUAUGAGAAAGCUGUGGCACGGUUUUGGGUUAGAUAUGUCGAGGACAUGAUUUCUGCAGCUGCAGCACAAGUCUUCAGUAACGCUAAUGGUAGUGAAGAGCAACAGAGGGUUAUAAAUGAUAUAUGGCAAGGAUUCAGAGUUAUUGAGGAUCAGUGUUUUGGUAACCACAAGAAAUAUUUUGGUGGUGACACUUUGAACACUCUGGACAUAGCUUUUGGGUCUUUUGUGAAAAUUCUUGUGGGUCUAGGAGAUGUGUUUGAAGUGAAGAUGCUACCAGCUGAGAGUUUCCCUCGCUUGCAUACAUGGUUUAACAAUUUCAUGGAUGUUCCGAUCAUAAGAGACAAUAGCCCUGACCAUGAGAAAUUGGUGUCUACUUUGAAGUAUUUCAUGGAAAAAGCUUUGGGAUCUUCAUCUUCCUAAGAAAACGAUAUACAAAGCAUCUGUAUCCUUUAGAGUCAUCUUGCGUGUGUGUUCCUUAUGUUACCAGUCUCUGUUUGGAUUUUUCUUGAUGUACAAGCUCAGUUAGAAAACUUACUGUAAAUAGAAAAUAGUUGUAUAUCAAUUACACAGUUUCUACAUUCUGUUUUAGUAGUCAGUUAGUUUGUAACUACUUGGUUGAACUAUAAGUAGUUUAGUUAAAGCCACUGGGAUUUAGCAAGUGCUAACUGCUAAGGGGCACUCAUAAUUUAGUUAUGGAUUUAAAUCUUACUAGUACAUGAAACUAUGCCCUUGUAAAAUAAUUGUUGGAGCUGAAAAUAUUACAGUUUAGGAUUUGUAUGAAUAUGUUACAGUUGUGAUAUAUAAAAUAUUAUUAAAUGCAUCCUUAUAAAAUAUCA